AUGCACGCCGCCAAUCCGCGGGAGGAGGCGAUGCGCGGGUGGUGCCACUUGCGCGUGCGCUACCUCUACCAGCGCGUGCUCUCGUCCGUCUCGCGCAUGCAGGUGGCUGAGAUGAGGGGAGACAUGGCGGUGCUGUCAGACGCCGCCACAGGCACCACCAUUCUGCUAGCCCUGCCCAUGGGGGGAGGCGAGGACGCUGACAGUGGCAGCAUGGGGGGUGGGGAUUGGGAUGAGGAGAAUGGUGGGGAACGGGAUGGGUGCGGGACAGGGCGUGAAGGGGAGUGUGUAGAAUUUACAAGUGUUGCAAUACCAGGCAUGCAGGAGCAACCAUCUGUGCAGCAGGAGCAGGCAUCCGAGCAGCAGCAGCAGCAGCAGCAGCAGCAGGCAGCACGAACUCACUCUCGCCUCAAGCCGAGGGUUGACAUAUUCAAAGCCUUGGAGAGGCCAGGAGAGGCGGAGGGGGUGCUGCCAGUAGUGGCGGUGGCAGCAACAGUGGCAGUGGCAACAGAGGAGCCGGUACCAGCGGUGGGAAAGGCGGGGCGACGGACAGCAUGGUCGCACUUGCUCCCCAAGCCUCACUCCAACACAGAGGGUCUGGGAGACGCGGAAGGGGAGCAAGUUCGUGCGGUGGGGGUGUCGGGGCGACGGACAACACGGGCUCACUCUCUCCCGAGAAUGCAGGCGCAAACAGAGGCCGCGGAGGAGGCGGAGGUGCUGGUGCGAGCGGCGGUGGCGGGGUGGUCGGUGGCGGUGGUGGAUGACAACGCGGUGAACCACAUGGUGGCGCGCAGAACGCUGCAGGGCUACAGGGCGCACGUGCUGCUGCUUCCCUCCGGGGAGGAUGCAAUCCAAGCGCUCUCCUCUGCCUCGCCCUCCGCGCCCAUCCACCUGCCGCUGCUUGACCUCCACAUGCCGCAUGGCAUCGAUGGGUGA